UCAGUACAAAGGUAUUGAGAUAUAUGGCCUCCCUGUCAACGAGUAUACAUCUGUGAUACGUGUAAAAACAAAUAAAAGCAAGUUUCCGACCUUAGUUUUCGCCUCUGUUGAUGGGGUGUCACAUUACACAUGGUCCCUAAACAGAUGGGCGCUCCCCGUGUGUUGUGGUGCUGAUGCAGACGUACAGACAGAAGCAUCUAAACGGACGCGAAUCACCAGAGGUGUUGCAAAGUAAUGCUUUGACAGUUUGAAAGGCUUCGGAGAUCCCCGCCACUGGCAUGGCGUCGCGCUCUGACCUCUUGGGAACAGCUCAGCCGCUGCUUGUGCUUUGGCCUGCAGGUGGCGGCAGCCCUUCGGAGGAGCUGGGUGUCAGGAGUUUCCUGAGUUCGCUGUUGGAAGAGAACAGCACAGCAGAGAGAUGUUAUCACUCCCAUUCUCGCAGCAGUGUGCUGCAGGGCUUGCCUUUCGGAGGAGUGCCCACUGUCCUCGCCAUCAACGUUGUUCUGUGGCUGUUCCUUCUCCUGAUCUUUUCCUGUUUGAGGAAAGCAGCAUGGGACUAUGGUCGUCUGGCUCUACUAAUGGAAAAUGAUAGCUUGACAUCACUAUUCUACGGAGAACAAAGCGAAAAGGAGAAAACGCCCUCAGAAUCCAGCCCAUCAGACUCAGAAAGCAAGGACAUGGGCUUCUGUUCCUGGCUCUCAUCUCUGUACCACAUGAAAGAUGAAGAGAUCCGCAGUAAAUGUGGUAUCGAUGCGGUCACGUACCUGUCUUUCCAGCGUCACAUCAUUCUGCUCAUGAUGGUGGUGUGUCUGCUGUCACUUACCAUCAUCCUGCCCAUCAACCUCUCCGGGAACCUCCUCGAAGGUAGCCCUCAAAACUUUGGCCGGACAACAGUUGUUAACGUCCCAGCACAAAACACGUUUCUUUGGUUACACAGUAUCUUUGCACUGUUAUAUUUUGUCAUCACUGUAUUGUGUAUGGCACACCACUCAUCACGACUCAAGUUCAGAGAGGAUGAAAAGGUAGCUCGAACUUUAAUGAUCACAUUCAUUCCUAGAGAAAUCUCUGAUCCCGGCUUGAUCACCAAACACCUGCAUGAGGCCUACCCAAGCUGCACCGUCACAGACAUCCGUUUCUGCUUCGACGUACAAAAGCUGAUGAAGCUGGACUCAGAAAGACGAAAAGCAAUGAAGGGUCGGCUGUAUUUUACAACCAAAGCUCAGAAGGAGGGAAGAAUCAUGAUAAAGACGCACCCAUGUGCACAGAUCUUCUGCUGCAAUGUUUGUGGCUUUGAGCAGGUGGAUGCAGAGCAGUACUAUAGCGAGCUGGAGGAGAAACUGACAGAUGAGUUUAAUGCGGAGAAGAAUCGUAUCUCUAUGAAGAGGCUCGGCAUUGCCUUUGUGACCUUCAGAGAUGAGAGAAUGACCGCAGUGAUUGUAAAAGACUAUAGCAGAGCUCAUUGCCGCCACAGACCCCAGCAGUCCAGCAUCACAACAGUAGUGCGUUCCCAUCAGUGGGGCGUUUCUUAUGCUCCUGCCCCAAGUGACAUCAUUUGGGAAAAUCUGUCAGUGUGCGGUUCGCGCUGGUGGCUCCGCUGCGUUCUGCUCAACAUUGCACUCUUCCUCUUGCUCUUCUUUCUCACAACCCCGGCUAUCAUUGUAAACACCAUGGACAAGUUCAACGUCACUCAGCCAGUUGAAAGCCUUAGGAACCCAGUAAUUACCCAGUUCUUCCCCACGCUGCUCCUGUGGGCCUUUUCCAUUCUUCUGCCCUUCAUGGUGUACUAUUCAUCAUUCUUUGAGCACCAUUGGACCAGGUCCAGUGAGAAUCAGGUCACCAUGCACAAAUGCUUUUUCCUGCUUGUCUUCAUGGUCAUCAUUCUGCCAUCACUGGGUCUGUCCAGCUUGAAUUUCUUCUUCAGGUGGCUUUUUGACAUCCACUUCCUCGAUCAAACAGAUGUGAAGUUUCAGUGUGUGUUUCUACCCGACAAUGGGGCGUUCUUUGUGAACUAUGUGAUCACAUCCAGUCUGAUAGGAACGGCUAUGGAGCUGCUGCGUAUUCCUGGACUGCUGGUGUAUUCUCUUCGCCUCUGUUUCGCUAAAUCUAAAGCUGAACGCAUUCAUGUUAAAAGAAGUCAAGCUUAUGAGUUUCAGUUUGGUCUUGAGUAUGCCUGGACUAUGUGCAUAUUUUCAGUCAGUAUGACCUACAGCAUCACCUGCCCCAUUAUUGUACCUUUUGGCCUGCUGUAUCUUGUUCUGAAGCAUAUGGUAGAUCGGUAUAAUAUCUACUAUGCAUAUAUACCCACAAGGCUCAGCCAGAGGAUCCACUCCGCCGCCAUCAGUCAAGUGGCGGUAGCACCUGUUCUUUGCAUGUUCUGGCUACUCUUCUUCUCUGUGCUCAGACUGGGUCCACUGCAGCCCAUUACUCUUUUUACUUUCAUAACUCUAAUAUCCUGUAUUGCCUUCUCCUGUUUUGGCCUGUGUCUGAAAAAACUACGACCUGACAGAUCAACAAGCUAUCAGAUGUCUGAUCAGACAACAGAAGGAGGCUUCGGCAGUGCGGAGAGAAGCACCGUUUCCAGCACAACCACAGCUAAUCUUUUUAUAGCCUCCGUCCUGUUGGAGCCAGAGCUGGGUCUGACUCCCAUGCCCUCCCCUGCCCACCAGAGCUACGGCACCAUGGUGAACAGUCAGAGUUCAGUGCGCGAUGCCGAAGGGGGGGAGGAGGAGAAAGAUCUCGAGGAAACUUUGGAGACUGAACUCAAGGAUGACCCAAAUCCCAGCUGCCCCAGCCCUCUCAUGGACAGCCUUGUGGCUUUCCAAUGACCAACCUUGCCAAGACCCAAAGCUCGAGCCCCAUGCCUCAUCUUAGCUGGUGGCUGAUAAAGAGGCACUAUGCUGCAAUUUUUGUUCCUCGACAACCUGCGUGCGAGACUAAUUAUGGUCAGCCAAGCAAACUGCUUCAAAGGCGGACGGCGAAUUUACCGACAUGGUGGUUUUAGUAGGACUUUGAUGAGCUUUUAGAUUUAAUGUGGGACUUUCAAAGAAAUCAAACAGUACCGCAGCCUCUGUCUGAAGUGGAUAAAAGCAAAGGUCUGUUUAAAAAAGAGACCAGUCCACUUUCUUUGUUUGGACUACGCUUUCUACUUGUUCAAUUUUCUCUCGUACUUUCCUUUUCUCGGUAAUCAGUUUAAUGGGUGUUUGGCAGUAUGGUCGACUGAAGCUUAUAAGAAUAUAAGAAUACCAUAUUUUGAAAGAUGUACUUUUUUAUGAGCUCCAAAGAGAAGCACUGGUCCAGAUAUCCAAAUUUGAUUUGCUUAUUGCUCCUUUUCGCUGUUCAAGUUUGUGCUUAUUAUUGUCUACUUACUCAAUAUUUGUAUUUUAGCAGUGCUAUGUAAUUGUGCAACAUUAUGCUCGGAGGGCGCUGUUUUUAUUUCUUUACUAUUAAUAGAUAAUUGUUAUGGUUAUUAACAUCCUCAACCAGUUUUGCCACUUCCGUACUGUACAUCAGUCACUCUCCUGGUUAUUCUUCAUUUGGCUGUAUAUGCUGCUGUCAUUUGGCAAUACAGUUUCAAAGUUAAUGUGGCAAUCAUUGCAUCAUUAGGUUGAGAAUAUUUAUCUUUUCCUUUAAAAUUCCACAUUGAAUAUUCUUGGAAAUGUAAAAACACACUCUAAAGCGACGAGUUUUGCUAUGAAGUUUAAUUUGACAGAAAUAAGAUGCAGGAAAAACAAAGUGCUUAUCCAAUGUAUUAAAGGAAUGUUUCGGGUUAAAAAUUUAAAUCUGAGGAUAUCUGAGUAAUUUCAACUGAGCCCUUAUUUGAAAAACAAACAAAAAAUGAAGUUCCAAAUGGUUUUAAAUGAGCAGUGUAUGAUUUAAUAUUAAUUUUGACAUUAAAUUGGACAUUUCCAUCUGUAAAAUUGAUGAGGGGACUAUUGAGGUGAAUUUCUCAAUUUAAUUUUCUCCACGUAAAUAGUACUUUUACAUAAAUUUACAUACAUGAAAGUUUGAAUACAACUUGGCACAUUUAGACGGUUAGACACAUAUAGCCCGAAGUUAACUUCUGGUCUGUGUUUGGUUAUCAUUUUAAACUAUCACAUAUUUAAUUUAUAUUAAUACUUUAUUGUAUAUUAAUUGUAUGAAAUUAAAUUAAAACUACUCAACAGUUAUUGUUUCUUUGCGAAGGUCUACCGUUUGUUUAUGUUGUUGCCACUGAAAUCGUCUGUAAGGGUCAGAACGUCCUGAACAUAACAUUUUGCCAACACAUUACGUUCAAGUUUUGUUGCUGUAUAUCUAGAACAACUGCAAGUGCAUUACUACAAAUCAUAACAAACUAAGGGAUAAGCUGAAAUUAUAAUAUAUUUAUAUAGAUUUUAAGAGUUUAUUUGCAAAAACAGAUUUAAAAAAUUAAUGUAUAAUUUAUUGUGUUUUACUGUGUUAGUUAGCUGUUUUUUUUUUGUUAGUAUUACUUAAUCAAAACAACGCAACUGCAGUUUGAUUGAUAUUACUUGGAAUGCACAAUAAAAUUGAAAAUGUAAAAAAACGGAGUUAUCUGUUUUUGUAAAUGAACUCAUUUAUCAACUUAUAUUGAAUCCAGAACAUUCCUUUAAUUAUGAUCACCAUUAUUCAAAAGUGCUUUGGGUAACAAACUGAAUGUGGCACAUGAAGGCAGUUAAUCCUGCUGUAACAUUCCAUCCCUCACUCUCCUACUGCAUGUUGUUUACAAGCCUCCUUCAGUCACACGCUCGAACCUGCCUGCAGCUCUCUUUAGAUUUGUCAAGUGUAGCCCUGGCUUCUGUAACACUCUAAUUUUCUUAGUAAAUUUUGUACUCUCUGCUGCUAGUGGUUGUAGAACUGGAGGUGAAGGGGUGGGUGGAGGGUUUUCUUGUCAAUAUGAAUGUAAAUGAGUUGUGGUUUGAUCGUGCUCUCUUGCUGUGCCUUGAAGAAGCAGAUCUUAAGAAAAGAAGAAACAAAGUUCUGUCUGACAAUCCAGCAUGACCUGCAAUAUGCUGCAUGAACUUAAAGCGGAAGACAAAACUAAAAGUGAAUUCCACAAUGAAUCAAUGAGGUGAGAGAUAUGUGUGGUAUUCUGUAUAUGAAGCAUUCCCUCCUCACGACAAGACACGGAGCCAGAAACAUACUCUAGCAAGUACUUGAGUACAAAUGCUUCUGCCUACGCAAGCUUGAUGCCAAGUUUACUGUAUCUCAAGGAGUGGUAUAGUGGACAUAGAAGAACAAUCUUUCAAUGUAAAUUGACAUGUUUACAUGUGGUAAUUAUCACUACAGUAUCAAAGAUGAUACAUUUGCAGUGUGUUGGCUAAGCAUUUGCAUCUGCAUUUACCUACUUCCAUAAAGUGUCUGUCUGGCCCAAACUUCACAAUAAAAUUGAAAAAUUAUCUGUUCAUAUUACACUUAACAUAAUAAUGGAUAUCAAUCUAGCAAAUACACACUAACAUAUGCAAAUAACCUACACUCAUGACAUUGUCUCUCAUAAGCAGUGGUCUUGUGAGAUACCUUAUUUAAUUUGGUUUGUUCUAUUCGUAAAUGCAGACUGUUGAUGUGCACAAAAGUUUUCAUUCUUCUGUUGAACGGCUGUACCUCGGUACACUACAGCAGAACAGGACUUUGUUAAGAGUAUGAAAGGGAAUUAAAACUUUAAGUU